UCCAGACCAGGGGUCAGUGGGAGGAGGAGGAGUAGUGAGGGGGGAGGACUGUGUUCCUGAACUUCUCCACAGUUUGGGAAUAUUGGCACUUUACACUCGGGCAUAGAGGACACGCAGAACAAUUGCACAACCGAGCUGAGCCCCAGGCAGAGGUAAGGUCAUGGCUAUACACCCCCGUCGUGUCCGGCUAAAACCAUGGCUGGUGGCUCAGGUAGAUAGUGGAAUGUACCCUGGUCUCAUCUGGUUAAACAGAGAAGCCAAAAGGUUCCAGAUCCCCUGGAAACAUGCCACAAGGCAUAGCCCCCAGCAGGAAGAAGAGAACACAAUAUUUAAGGCCUGGGCUGUUGAGACAGGCAAAUACAGAGAAGGAGCUGAUGAACCAGACCCAGCCAAGUGGAAGGCCCAGCUGCGCUGUGCACUAAACAAGAGCAGAGAAUUUAAACUUAUGUAUGAUGGGACCAAAGAGGUUCCUAUGAACCCAGUCAAAAUCUACGAGGUCUGCGACAUCCCCCAGUCUCAAGGAUCUAUCAUCAACCCAGGUUCCACCGGAUCUAUACCAUGGGAUGAUGAUGAGUUUGAAGAAGACGAGCUAAAUAAGUCUCAGAACCAUGUACCAAUCAGUGAGCCCUUUAACUGUCUGAAUAUUAACGCAGACUCGCCCAUGGGAUCAUCUAGCACAGGCAGCUGCACCCCUGAGCAAACAUGGCCAAAGACUGAGCCUCAGGAAAUGGAAGUGCCCCCAACAGCAGGGCCUGCUGAUUUUUUCAGUUCUCCAGAGAUGUGGAUCAGUUCCCUACCAAUGACAGACUUAGAAGUCCAGUUUUUCUACCGAGGGAAAGAGAUUGGCCAGACAAUGAUAGUCAGUAACCCUCAAGGCUGCCGGCUUUUCUAUGGUCACCUGGGGCCAAUGCCCAAUCAGGAAGAGCUGUUUGGACCCAUCACUCUUGAACAGGUUCGCUUUCCUGGAACAGAGCAAAUUGUAAAUGAAAAACAGAAGCUCUUUACUAAGCGUCUCCUUGAUGUCAUGGACAGGGGUCUGAUAUUAGAGGUCAGUGGGCAUGCCAUUUAUGCAAUCAGACUGUGCCAGUGUAAAGUCUACUGGAGUGGACCCUGCUCACCAUCUCAAACUACCCCGAACCUUAUUGAAAGACAGAAGAGAGUUAAACUUUUCUGUCUGGAGACUUUUCUAAGUGAUCUUAUUUCACACCAAAAGGGAAUCAUAACAAAACAACCACCCUAUGAAAUCUACUUGUGCUUUGGAGAAGAAUGGCCAGAUGGCAAAUCUAAAGAAAGAAAGCUCAUCAUUGUUCAGAUCAUACCAGUUGUAGCACGUAUGAUACUUGAGAUGUUUAGUGGGGAUAGCACCCGUUCCUUUGAUAGUGGAAGCAUUCGUCUGCAAAUCUCUGUCCCUGACAUCAAAGACAACAUUGUUGCUCACCUGAAACAGCUCUAUCGUUUUCUUCAGAACCAUCAAGGCCCAGAUGCUUGGCCUCUCAUGCAGCCCCAAAACUUGCAUCUGACUCACAUGCUCCAAGCCCAGUGACAAUUUGUUCCUUUGUAAGGAAACUCUUAUCUUUCAGCUGUAACAUGUUUUCAAAGCAUACAGACUGCUAUUCCAUGCUUGGGCCACCAAAGACAAUGCAACAACUGUCAUUUAAGAAAGUCAGAGGGACAUUAUACAAUAAAUAGUUUUUACAGGUACCAAAUGGCUUCCUAUGUUGGAAAAUGGAAUAGAAGGUUUGGCUUUGUAGGAUGCAUGAAAUUGCAAACAUUGUUUAGCUGUGUUUUAGAACUGUGAAGUCCAUAGCAAUGGAGGUUAUUUAAAACCUAUUUCUCCAAGCUGUACAUGUAGCAGUUAGUUAAUUUACCAGAUAAAGUUAGCACAAGUAAAGCAAACUGUCCAAUAGACAAGGAGAUAAUUUUGCCCAUAAUGCUAUAUUACUUUCUCAUCAUUCAAAUGUGUAUGUAUGUAUGUACACCUUCACUUGCUGAACUACAGGCCUUCAGCUGAUAAGGUUUAAGGCUCAAAAUAAGAUACACUGCACUGGCAUCCCUGUAGUAGAUAAAUAGUUGUUCUUUCUAUUUUUAAAAUGCUGGGUAUGCCAUUUCCUAGGCCAACGGAGUAAGGCAGUGAUAUGAUUAAACAAUGUGCAUUUUAUGAGUUUAUAUAUGUAGUAUGUCAAGAAGGAAUAGAGAGUACAUUAGGAAAGUCUUUACUGAACAUUCACAUGGAGACGGCUUUUCUUAUAUUUUAGCAGCCAUAAAAUUUACGUAUUUAUUAUUUUUUAAUGGACUAUUUUUAGUUUUAUAGUUUUCUAAAUAAAAUAAGAACACUGCCAUAAA